ACGCAGAGCGGCGACGCGAUUGGUCGAGUAAGCCGCCGCCCCGCCCCUCAGUUUAAGCCAAGCGCUUUGGUACGCAAACAGCGGAGGUGAGGUAAGCGCGCGGGCGGCCGGCGAGCCGAGCGGCGCUGCGCACACGACGUACGCGCGAGGUCGACGACUGAUCCUCUCUCCGCCUCUCCACCUGCCGCCCUCACGCACUUGGCGUACCGCGGCCUCCUUUCCCUACGCACUUGGCGCACCGAGAUGCUCCUGUUGGCCAAGACAGGGAAGAGAUGCUAUUCGCUUGCGACAGGAAACCCAGCAGCAGGGAUGCACCAUGUGCAUUGCAAAGGGGGAGGAGGGGAAGGAGCUGGAUUUGGAGGAAGGGGGGGGGUGAGCGGAGCAGCUCAGGUGGCUUUGCUGCCUCCUCCACCACCAAGCCUCGGCAGCUGGCUCUCCGCCUUGCAUUGGGAGUAGGAGCGUCCAGGUAAAGGGGGUGCACGAAGGUUCUUGGUGCAAUGCCCCUGGCUCAUUGCAAGGCGCAGAUUGUACCAUCUGCUCUGGCUCCCCUCCUCAUGCACUGCGGCGAAUGCUGUGCCCGUGCACGGCAAUAGCAGCUAGAUAAUAACAAUAUUAUUACAUCCUGGGAACCACUAUAUUAUCUGACACAUCUUUUUAAAAAAGACCAUCCCACCAUGUCGGUUGCCUUUGCUUCUGCUCGCCCAAGAGGCAAAGGAGAGGUCACCCAGCAAACUAUCCAGAAGAUGUUGGAUGAAAACCAUCAUCUAAUACAGUGUAUUAUGGACUAUCAAAGCAAGGGCAAAACAGCAGAAUGUACUCAAUAUCAACAAAUUUUGCACAGAAACUUGGUCUACUUGGCAACAAUAGCAGACUCGAACCAGAAUAUGCAGUCCUUGCUUCCUGCUCCACCGACGCAAAACAUGAACCUCGGUCCGGGAGGAAUGAAUCAGAGCGCAUCCAACCAGUCUCUUCAUGCACAGAGCAACCUCAGUGAUGCAAUCGGGACAGGCCUUCCGCCUCCCUCCCUCAUGCAGAGUCAGAUCAGCAAUGGUCCCAAUCAUGUGUCUAUGCAACAGUCAGGCCAGAAUACCAUGCCCACGACUUCCCUGAGCAUGACUGUCAGUAGCCACGGAACCGGAACCGGCUAUAGCCAUACAGUGCCUGCGUCUCAGAAUGUACCAAUGCAAGGCCAGGGAUCAAUAGGCAACUACGUCUCACGAACAAAUAUCAACAUGCAGUCCAAUCCUGUGUCCAUGAUGCACCAGCAAGCGGCAACGUCACAUUACAACUCUGCGCAAGCAGGGAGCCAACACUACCAAGGGCAGUCUUCCAUUGCCAUGAUGAGUCAGAGUAACCAAGGCAACAGCAUGAUGGGCCAACGGCCAAUGGGCCCUUACCGACCUUCACAGCAAGGUUCCUCUCAGCAGUACAUGGGCCAGGAGGAAUACUACAGUGAACAAUACAGUCAUGGACAAGGUUCAUCAGAGCCCAUGAACCAGCAAUAUUAUCCCGAUGGUCACGGUGAUUAUGCGUACCAGCAGUCAUCUUAUUCUGAACAAAGCUAUGACAGAUCAUUUGAAGAUUCAACACAGCACUACUAUGAAGGAGGGAAUUCCCAGUAUAGCCAGCAGCAGGCGGGAUACCAACAGGGAACUGUACAACAGCAAACGUAUUCACAGCAGCAAUACCCAAAUCAACAGAGCUAUCCAGGACAGCAGCAAGGAUAUGGUCCAGCCCAAGGAGCCUCAUCACAGUACUCCAGUUACCAACAGGGUCAGGGGCAACAGUAUGGAAGCUACAGAGCUUCACAGACAGGACCAUCUGCACAGCAACAGAGGCCUUACGGCUAUGAGCAGAGCCAGUAUGGAAACUAUCAGCAAUAAAAGGACAAGCACCUGUGUCAGAUUUGUUUCAAUAUUUAUGUCCGUCUUUUGAACUUGGAUGUACGGGCAGUUUUUGAUUAAUCGUAAUAUGUUGGUUAACCCCCUUAGCACAAAGGAGCAUUUGUCUGUGAAAUAGUAUUCAUUUCAUGCUGGAUAUGAAGCAGUGCACUACUGGUAACAAGGCAAUGCUUUAAUGGUUUGGUAUGUUUUGGUGCUGUGUAUAAUACUGUAUGUUGAUACAAUGCAAAGGUUCUUCCUUCUCCUGCCCCCACCCUCACUUGAUGUCUAGCUUUAGAGGUUACUUGAACAUCAGUAUCCACAUCACACCCAGCUAUUUUUCUUCUUCGUCAUCUACAAGGCUACAAUAUUCUGUAAUACAUCAAACACAUAUAAUUAAGUUUUUCGUGCUCUGCUCAUGUAACUGCUCUUAGCAUUGUUUUCAAGGUGAAACAGCCUGGAUGUGCUGCAGAUUAUUUUGUAUCUACUAUCCUCUGAAAUCAAUAGAUCCUAAUUUGAUGGUAUUGGGAUAGGCUCAUUUUAUUGCAUUUUCUUGGUUUUUAUUCUGAACUGCAAAUACUGAAAUGUAUGGGCAUGAGUUUGAUUUGCUAGAUACUUUCAAAGUGAAACAACAAAUUAGUACAGCAGUAAGUAGGGCCUAUUUAAGUCACCUUUCCACCAACUAUUUAUGAUUGGGGUUUAUUGCUGACUUGGGAACUGGCCCUGUUAUGGGAAGAUGCCCUUAUAUCCCAUAGCAGGUCAAUACCAAAGAAGCAUUAAACUGCUGAAAUGUGGGCAGCAGUUCCACUGAAUUUAUACUAAGCCACCAGAGAAGACUACUCUAUUUCAGCUAUCCUGGAUAUAUGACCAUGGGUUCAGUUAGUGUGUGGCCGAGGAAUCUGGAAAAGGAAAAGAUUGAUUCCUUCUGUACCUAUUGUAUAAUGUUCUUGGGGAAUUCAUAUACUAGGACACAUUUUUAUGCAUCCUGGCCCAGGUGAUGACAUCAACAUAAGGGACAUUUGUGGUGUCCUGUAACAAAAAUAAGUCUGCAAGUUGCUUCAUGAGACUUGCAUCUCUUGUAUACGUCUAUCUGUUGCAUUGCUUGGAAAAUAGGUGCCUUAUCAAGAAGGCAAAGCCAUUACAGGCUCCCGGACUAAUAAUGAAGGGCAACAGAAGAGCUGUGCUUCCAUUGCUAUGGGGCUGCCUGAUUCUGGGAAGAGAUUUGCCUUUCUCUACUGAGUGUCCCAAGGAACCUUCCUUCUUCAGGCGGCAAGUAUGUAAAGAAAAUGAACUUCCCUCACAUAACUAAUUUACUGCAGGAUAUAGUGUGUACUCAGUGCCAAAAUAGUUACCACUGUGGGGAAGACCCAGUAUAGUUGCCUUUGGCAUAAAAUGGGAUUCUCGUAAAAACAAAGUUCUAUGAUUCAUUCAGUAACAAUUCAGUGGGGUUUUAUUUCCAAUUGAGUGUGCUUAGGACGGCUACCAUAAAGACUUACACCUGAUUUAAAUAUCUGCAGUAUGACCAUUUAUAAUAAAAUGAACUGCGGAACAAAUUUAGCCAGUAGGAUGAUGAAAUGCAGCCAAAGCGAAGCACUUUAAAAUUCCAUUGAUUUCGCUGGGAGAGCAGUGAGUGUGUGCUUGAAAUCAGUGGACCAAACUCAGCUUAACUCUAAUUGGAUCUGGAUCCUCUAUCUGCCAAAGCAAAAAUUCACUAGCACCAUUUUAAUCUUGUUAUCUAAGCUGUAGGUAAAACAAACUCCAAAAUUCAGUCUGUCAAAAGUCAAUAUAGCUUCAUAUCCACACAAGUUGUUGAGAAGCAUAAAUGACCACCCAGACUUUACUACAAAGUAACUAUAGCAUGCACAUUAGAGAUAGUGCAUGUUUCCCAUGCAGCUGAUUAGCUUCCAAUUCAUUUUCUGAUCCUUCCACUUACCUCAGCCUUCCACCAAGAAAUAUAGCCAUAAACAAAAUCAGGUUACAGACUUAAGGGCUGCAUUCAACUAAGUCAUACUCUGAGUAGACCGAUAGAAAUCAACGGACAAGUUAACUGAAGACUUUCUUCUGUAAUAAGAUCGUUGACCUAUAUAUUACAAUGGCAAUAUUUUUAUGAGCGUAUUUAGACUAAUUGAUAUAUUGCAAUUUAAUGUUUUGAUUUUUGUAUUUUCAACCUUAUUAUCUGCCUGGACAUUUUUUUAACGAGGGGCAGAAUAUCAUUUGCUUCAAUCAAUCAAUCAAUCAAUCACAAAGAUAGUCAUGCCUAACUUAAGUCUAUUUAUUUCAGUGGGUCUACUCUAAGUACGAUAGCUCUUCCUUUGGUAUUUUGGCUUCAGUAGCAGUUUGGAAACUCUGUUUCCAGUAAUCAGAUAUAUUCACGGACUGUUUAUUAUAUUUAACUGACUGGAUCCUGCAUUGUUAGGACCUACAGAAAACAUUGUAGCAUUUAAAAGGCACUGUUGCUAUAGAAGUUAUUGCUCAUGGUGUGUCUUUUGGUCACACUGGGUUUCUUAUGCUGAUCACCUGCUGGGAAUGAGAGAGCAGGUACACACCAGGCAUUCAGUAUCAGAUGGAUCCCUGCUCAGGGAGGGCAGAAAAGAGAGGGAAAGGAAGUCAGUAGGUCUUUGGUCCCCUCAUCUUUGCAGGGCUCCUUCACAAUUCUUGCCUGCCCUUUUUAUCAGUUAUAAAGCUCAGCCCUCAAAGCUCCUGUACAGCCUGACAGUGUCUAAGACAAUACAGGGUAGUAGGUUAAGAGAGGUCAUCACUCCAGGAGGGACAGAUUGCUCUGUAAAAUCCUUAUAACCCAGGGACAGCGGCCUUGUAGCAUUUAGAGGGCUACAAGUUCCACACCUCUCCUUCAGUUGCCUCAGCUAGUACUGCUCAUCCCCAUGAUUUCUGCAGGGGUGCGUAUCUGAGGGGCACCCACGCUUCCUACUUUCUGGCACAGCCUUUCCCUUCUGCGUACAGAAAAGGGAGCCACACAGCCCUUUCCGUAUGAUACCUUGGGUCAGAUGCCACUCAGCUCUGAAUGCAAGUGCUGCCCAACAUACAGUUUAAACAUAAAUAAACCAAACUUAAAGCUUCUGAAACAUUUAAACUGUAAAAGAUUGGCAAGAUGUUCAGUUUGUUGUUCAAAACUACAGGAUUUCUCAAAAAGUGGGAUUUUUUUAAAAGAUAAAUAAUCUAAGAUGAAUUUGAGUACACAAGUUUACUCAGUUUAAGAAUAUAGUAUAUUAUAUCACUUAUUAUAUUAUAAACAUCUGGAUGGUUUAGAUUUUGUGUGGAGAUACCAAUUUUCAAAAACACGGACCUCCAGAAAAUAGACACUGGACCCAAAAAAUAUCAAUAUUACUAUUUAUUUAAAAAAUGAUCCAAUGAUCUAUGAGAAUACUGUACAAAUAGAAGGACAACUUAUAUAUGUAUGAGGGUCAGGGAAAGUGCUGCUAGAAAGUGCUGCUCAAGAUCUACCCUUCUGCAAAAUGUAUUUAGGAAUUUUUAUUCCACUUAAAAUAAAUUAAGAGCAUAUAAAGGUAUAAAUGAAAACUAUUUAAUAAUUUUAAAGGCAGCAAUGGGGGGGGGGGACUCCAAUAUACCUAGCAUUGUUAACAAGCAGCCAGUGAAAAUACAAAGCCACACAGGCCCAAAGCAAACAAAUCAACAUUUGUAUAGUUGUUCAUCAAGAAGAAUUUUUGUCUAUAUUGUCAUUUCUGUCUUCCUUUUUCUGAACCCUUCAUAGCACUAAGCACAGCGAUGGCUCUAUUUACAACUCUGCCAGUGCCAUGUAGCACUUUUGGGUGAUGGCCAAUAACUCUCUGCCUAGCCUGCUUGGUCAUGCCUGCAGGAGGAACCCUCACAACCCAUGUAACUGCACAACAAUGGGUGGUUAUGUUCAGACGGAGCAAUCAAAAGAGGCCUUUGCAAGAAGCCAUGAGCCCCUGGUGCAGUGUACCCUGGCCAACAGCCACUGCAAAAUUUCCAGCAGUUGUUGCAUGGCAACUACACUGCAGGGUCUCCUAUGUUCCUGGCAUUUGUCACGACUUGGCUGUUUGUGCUGAUGCAGGAGAGGCUCACACCAGCGCAGUGGGAAACACUAAUGGAUUGCCUGCCUAGAACAUCGAGGUGUUAGAAUAAACAAUGGUCACCUUCACAUUAGAGUUUACUGAUAGCCAGAAAAAAAUGCAUUGCUCCUUACCAGCUUUGACAUCUGCUUCUCGUAUGGUUUUUAGCAUUGCUGAAAAUCAUUUUUUAAAGACCACAAGCAUUUUAACAAGUAAAACAGCAACAUCGCAUCAGUUGGAAAUGUCUUACAUUAAGAAUUUCUUGAAUGUUGUGUAUAUACUGUAUUUGAAAGAGCGCUUUGGAAAUAGUUUGUACAUUAUUUCCUAAUUUAUACAUGAUUUUUAGUGUUAAUAUUUCUAACUGUUAAUAACAAAAUAUUUAAUGUGUUGUCCAUUUUUAUGUAUUGAUGUGGAAACAAAACGGUGAUGCCAGCAUUUUGACUUUUUUCAUUAAUUGUAUCAUAUUUUCUGUUUUGUAAUACAGAAUGUUUGGACAUGUUUUAGGUUAAAAUGAAUUGAUUGUGAAGCCAAGUAAUGGUACUUUUUCGUAUGAUGAAAAGACUUUUAAAAGGACUGCUGUAA